AUGCCACAGGGAAACCAAAGCCACAUCAAUGAAUUCCUCCUUCUGGGACUAAGCAGUGACCCCAAACAGCAGGUGUGGCUCUUUGCAAUCUUCCUGGCCAUGUACUUGGUCAAUGUGGUUGGCAAGUCAGUGAUCAUUUCAGCCCUCCAGAGAGAAACCCGUCUCCACACUCCCAUGUACUUCUUCCUUUCCAACCUAUCUUUCGUGGACAUCUGCUUUACCAAUGUCAUUGUGCCUACGAUGCUGGCAAACAUGGUGAGCAAGAGCAAAAAUGUCCCCUUUGCCCAGUGCCUCACCCAGAUGUAUUUCUUUGUGACCUGUGCAAUUACAGACAGCUUCCUCCUGGCUGCCAUGGCCAUUGACCGCUACAUGGCCAUCUGUAACCCACUGCAUUAUACCACAACCAUGAGCCCCAGGCGCUGUCUCCUGCUGGUGAUGGCAUCCUGGGUGGUGUCCCACCUCCACUCACUUACCCACACAAUUCUCAUGGCUCGCCUCUCCUUCUGUGGGCCCAACAUCAUCCACCACUUCUUUUGUGAUGUCCAGCCACUGCUAAUACUCUCCUGCUCUGACACCUCUGUCAACGAGCUUUUGGCCUUCACAGAAGGCUCCUUUGUGAUCUUGAGUCCCUUUGCCUUCAUUAUUGUCUCUUAUUUCUACAUUGCCCAUGCCGUUCUGAAGGUCCCUUCAGGAGAAGGCAGGUACAAGGUCUUCUCCACCUGUGGAUCCCACCUCCCAGGUGUGGCACUAUAUUAUGGGACUGCCAUCUCGGUGUACAUUCGCCCAUCAUCCACCUACUCAGUGACAAAGGACCGUGUGGUUACUGUCAUUUAUACUGUGGUGAUCCCCAUGCUGAAUCCUUUCAUCUAUAGCCUUAGGAACAGGGACAUGAAACAGGCCUUGAGAAAGCUGACUAGGAGGGCAGAGUAG